AUGGCUGCCCGACGAGCGUACCCACCGGGCGUGGAUGCCGUGGAUGCCGCUUUUGGCUAUGGGGCGGGCGCGCUUUUUCAGCAAAAAAAUAUCCGAACCUGGAUUCUUUCCGUCAGCGUCAUCGUCCUGUCAGCGUCAGCGUCGCCCAAAUUUUGUGCACGGCGUCCGAGAUCUGGGGUGACGGAGACACUCCUGGUGACACAGGCGACCGCGAGAAGCGACCGCGCCCCGGCGAAGGUUUCACGUUCCGUUCGCGUCACCCAGACCGCGCGAACCCACCGCGAGCUUCCACCUCGACCCCACCCCGAGCUUCACCGCGACCCCACCGGCCAAUUAAUUCCGACCGCCUGGCAAGAAGCGACGAAAAGAGUGGGGACCACCAUGUCCCAGCAGUACUCCUACCCCUACCCGCCAUCCUCCGGGGAGGGUUACCCGCAGGCACCCUCCGGCGUUCAGGAUCCGUACGCGACGCAGGGUAACUACGGAUACCCCGCGGCGCCCAACCCCGCGGCCCCCAACCCCGACUACGGCGCCCCGCUCAUCCCCGGCUUCGGCGCCCCGCCAGCUGUGUCCGCCGAGUACCCCACCCAGGCGCCCGCGUACGGCCGCGCGGACCCCUCAUACGGCGGCGCCGCGGUAACUUACGACGCCGUCAACUAUCCCAGCAUUCCCGACCUCAUCGCGCACUCGCAGCGCCACUCAUCGGUGAGCGCGCCGCCUUCGUCGGGGUACGGCUACGGGGGCGCCGCAGCUGGCGGGGGCACGGCUGGCGGUUCCUCAAAUGCCCGAGUAGGGGGCAAACCGCGCGAGAUGGCCGGCGCGCCGCGGGGAAGCAACCGCUACCGCUGCAUGCUCUUCCCGACGUGCGACGGCGGGGACAUCGAGAGCGUCGUGUGUCAGGUGGGCCUGGACGGUAUCGCGCUCUUCGAGGAGGACGGCGAUCGCGUCGGCGAACGCGUCGACGGGCACGGGUACGAGUUGGACAAAAUCUCCAGUUGGCGCCUCGCGGACCCCACCAUCCUCACGGUGAAGGUGGCGGGGCGAGACGGCGUGAGCGCGCUGUCGCUGAGUGCCGACGAGGCGACGUGCGGCGCGAUGAUGGACACGCUGGUGACGUCCGCGUUUCAGUGGUGCGAGCUGCGCGGGCACGAUGCGUCCGGGACGAUCGAGGACAAAAACGGCGAGUGGUUCAACAACAAGGCUCUCGCAUCCGCCGGGGGAUCGUCCGCGAUGAACGCGUCUUCGUCCGUCCCGAGCGCCGCCGCCGCCGCCGCCGCCGCGACCAUCGCGUGGCACGACCGGCCCGAGUACUGCGGCUGGCUCACGAAGAAGGGCGAGCACCUGUCCAACUGGCGCCGGCGAUGGUUCGUGCUCAAGGACAAGAAGUUGGGUUGGUUCAAGGACGUGUCGCAGGCAAAUAGACCGGGGACGAAGCCCCGAGGGGUCAUCGACCUCUCCAAGGUUAUCAGCGCGUGCACCGCGACGCUCGGAGACGCGGGCAGGGCGCACGGCGUCGAGCUCAUCGGCAGCGUCGAGGCUGAGAAGGCUGGAUGCAAGUUUCUGUGCGCCGACAGCGAACGGGAGUGCGACGGAUGGGCGGCUAAGCUGGCGGAGGUGUGCAACGACUCGGGCGGCGGCGGCGACUCGGCUCCUUCGGGGGCGUCCCCGCAUCCAACGCAUUCCGCGCCCACCUCGCGGCUGGCGUCGCAGCUCGACCAGGGGUACCAGAGCUCCGUCGCGAACGCCGCCGCGUCCUCCGCGACGUCCCGCGGCCGCCCGUUUGAUCCGGAUAUCAACGUCAGCGUCACCGACUACGCAUCCGGGGCGGGCGGCGGCGCGACAACGACGCCGUCGUUUGCGUCCGAUCCGUACCUUCAGCUGGGCGGGGGGAACACGAACGGGGCGUGGGACACGUACUACACGAACGAGGGCGUCGCCUACUACGUCAACUCGCAGACCGGGGUGACGCAGUGGGAGAAACCAAACCCGUGA